AUGUAUCACCUUGUUGGAAAGAUGUUGGGGAAACAACUGGUUCUCGAUUUUAAUCAAUGGGGAGGCUGUGGGUUAUUUCAAAUCUUCAAGAGGGCUUCACUAAGGAGACCCCCUAUCUCUUUCGUUUUUAAUCCUGGCUUCAAAGUUUUCUCUUUAAGUUUCUGCCAUCUGAUUGCUAGCGGCAAGAGUCAGUUUUUCAAGUUGCAAAGAAGGUGCCCUCUCCCGUUGCACCUUCUUUUUUCAGACAAUACUCUGUUGUUCCUAAAUGGCAACAGAGCCUCCAUCCAAAAGGUUAACGAUUUCUUGGCUGCCUACCAAAAUACAUCAGGCCAGCACAUUAAUCACCAGAAAAGCUACUUCCUUUGUUCUACAAAUCUCCCUGAAAGUCGAAUCAGAUCCCUAGAGCGCCUUCUGAGUAUGAGAAGGGGCAAUGCGGGGGAACGUUACCUGGGAGCGCUGCUUCUCACAGGCAGAGCAAAGACAGCAGACUAUCAGUACUUGUUAGACAAGAUGGAGAAGAGAGUUAGCGGCUGGAAAGCCAAGUUGUUAUCACAGGCAGGCAGAACUGCCCUGAUCAAGCAUGUGCUAGGGAGCAUUCCCCUCCACGUUCUGGCUGCAGCAGAGAUCCCUAAACAGGUGCUAGCAAAUCUUAAUCAGUGCUUCCCCAGAUUUUUCUGGGGCUGGUCAAAUGGUAGGCGAAAGCUCCCCUGGAUUGCUUGGAAGAAGAUAGCCAGGCCUAUGGAAGAGGGCGGUCUGGGAAUCAGGAACCUCCAAGAGGUUGUGAAUGCUAUGAGAAUGAAAAUGGCCUAG